UAUCUGUAAAAUAGUAGACAUCCUGUUCAAUUUGCAUUUACAAACAUGAGACAAGUGCAAUGAAAGCAGUGUGUAAAGUGAGCGUUUUUUGUGUGAAAAAUGGUUAUAAAAUGAGUGCGACGAAUACAGCAGGAGUGUCGAUAGAAUAAUAAAACCGCUUUAAAUCAUUUGAUAUGGGAUUUUGCACGAGAAGAUACUUUUUUCUCUCAAUAUGUCUACUACAAAUUCUCGCAGUUGUCCAAAAGCAAGUGUUCGAUUUUCUGGGAUUUCUAUGGAUACCCAUACUGUUUAAUUUCUUUGAAAUCAUCUUUAUUAUUUUCGGAUUUUUCGGGGCAUAUCACUAUAGACCGAAAUAUGUCAUAGCAUACUUGUUGUGGCACAUUUUUUGGCUAGCAUGGAACAUAUUUGCUAUUUGUUUAUAUUUAGAUCUUGCCGGCUUGGAUCACAAGACCAACAAGGUUCUCAAGUUGGACUCGUCAGAUAGCUGGUGGAAAUCAAAUGGACCUGGAUGUAUAAUACCCCCCCCACCUGAAGACUUAAGUUUACCCGAAGCAAAAGAUUGCUGGUUCGAUUACCAAUAUGUGGAAAUAUUUCAAGCUGGGGUGCAAUGUUUUCUAACAUUCUUGGGCUGUAUUAUUGGCACAUGCCUCAAUCAGCUCUAUAUGGAGGAAGAUGAUACCUCAUCACGUAAAACGCCGAGAAAAAAUCAAAAACGCAUGUCUUUGUACUCGAUCGAGUUUAGCUCGCAUUUAGAAAAUCGUAACGAUAGCGACAACGACUUCGAUCACAUACCGCCGCCGGUCUCGCCGAAACCAAUGACACCGCGAAGAGUUAAAAGACGCAGCGUGAUGACCAGAGGCUCCUCGGGCCGCCACUCGACCAGCAGCCGACGACAAUCUCACCCGAGAUCAUCGACGAGAAGCUCGAGGCGCAUGGCUCAAAACCCAGUGACGCAGCUCUUGGAGCAACAGCAAAAAAUUCAGGCCUACGAGAGCCCGACCAGCCCCUCUCCCAUAGAAUCUCUUCCCAAUUACUUUAACACAGCAUCGACGAGCACCCUGAUUCACCACCAAAGCAACUGGCAAAGUAACGGCCACACCAAUCCCACAUAUCAACAAUCGUCGACUCAAUCGCUCAACGAGACCGAGGACUUCGAAGAUCUCUACAAUAACAGGCCGGCCUCAGUCCGGUCCAGUUACUCGAACUUCCACGGUACCAGAGCCAUCAGUUACAACACGCCGCCGAAGCACUUCCAUCAUAGCCACGCUACCCCGCAAGUGCCCCAAAAACGCAACAACCCACACAGGACCAGCAUGCGUUCGAUGGCUUUCAUGAACAACGGACCCCCCGCCUACGCAACGUCGCAAGGCGCUGUGGCCCCCGAUUCCGAAACCGCAAUUUAAUAGGGUUAAGUAUUUAUUUAUUCUAUUUAACGUUGUUGUACAUAUAGCACUAGACCUAGGUUUUUGUAUCAAUCAAUUGCAAUCAAUUUUUAUACUCAAUCACCCUGUGAUUCUGGCAAUAUGUUUGAUUUUAGGUUUUGUGAUACUGUAUAAAUAAUUUAACUGGCAAAACUUCAAAUCAAGGCUUCUAAUGGGUCUCCCAACAUUAUUUAAAUGGUAUCAAAGGUCUUCAAAAUGAUGAUCUCCCGACAAACAAUUGUCCCGUCGACAAACGAUCUUGCAGACGUCGGCUAACCGCUGGCAAACGACGUUGGCCCAGCGUUGGCAUACGACGUUGGCCCAGCGUCGGCAUACGACGUUGGCCCAGCGUCGGCAUACGACGUUGGCCCAGCGUCGGCAUACGACGUUGGCCCAGCGUCGGCAUACGACGUUGGCCCAGCGUCGGCCUACGACACUCGUAUUGCGGACGAUUGUUUGUCGGGCUGUGAUAUUUGUAGUUUUUGUUGAGACACCCUAUAUAUACUACACGUAUCUUGCCGUUUUCACUGAAUCCUCGUACCUUACUAAUUAAGAAAACUUCAACGACAAAAAUUUAACGCAAAUAUUCACUUGACACUUCCCCGGCAAUAUUUUAGAUUUUUUUUCUAGUCUAUUUUUAACUUAAAUACUUGUUUUUAUUUUGUUGCUGUUUAUACUUAAUCGCCAUAAGUUUUUUUGUACAAAAAUAAAACAUGAUUUUGUUGUAAAAAUCACCGUAUGCAUGCCUGUGUAUAUUUUAAAUUUGUGUUCAUUACAUAUCUCUUCGUAUGUGUAUAUAAUAGAGCUUUUAGUUUUUAGACAUAUUCUUACCAAAGUAUUACCUAAAAUAUAUUUUUAUUACUUAGUUUUUAACAAGAACACCCGUAUCAAUAAACUGAAUAAUAAUUA